CGCGGUACCUAUCGAUGCUGUAGCUGUAACAUUUUGUGGGUUAUGUUUUAAUGUAUAAUUCGUUUUGUGACACUCCGAUGCUUUCUACGAUUUUUAUUUACAGGUUUCGUAAGCUAUAAUUAGUUUUGGUUUUAGUGCAUUAAAGAAUUUACAAGUGAUGGAAGGAGAGGAAAAACAACGCAAUUUACGAGAACAACGCUAAGGCACUGAUCGGAAAUUGGUUUGUCCCAGCUACAAUCUCUUGAGUUUUCGGGGUUUCUAUGGUGAAGUCGGAUCACGGUUGCGAUCCCCUUGCUGGGCAAAAAAGGAUGGAGCAGACUUCAGAAGGUAUCCCCUUUGCAGAGCCGAAGAGUGAGCUUGCUUCUGAAGAACUAAUGCGGAACGGAAGCUACGGAGCAGAUCUUUGUCGAGAUGCGAGCCUGCUCGGUAAUAGAUCGGAACUUACUCAGCAGCAACCAGUCGUGUUUCUAAAACAUGUCGACGUCAACUUAUUCGGCAAUGCGCCAAUCCACACCGAUCGUCUGCAAAGACCAAUAGUACCUUUGGAAAAUCCUGAUGUCAAAGUUUUGAAGAACUCAGCAGGAUCCACUCUGUUUGAGCCCAAAUACGUUACUUCCUCAUUGCUGUCGGACGUAAAGGUAGAAGAAACAGAGGACGAAGACAUUCUGCCAACAGAUCACCCUCUCGAAGAUGCUGUCCUUCAUCUAGUUAAGCCGGAGAUAGACAUCGAAUACGCACAUGGGAUUUCAGCCAAUGAUGAACUGGAACUGAAACCGGAUAUCAAAAUGAUCAACGAGUUGGUACCUAUGGAGAUCAAAGGAGAUCUAGACAAUGCCCAAAAAGAAAUGCGGACACAAAGUUCUAACGUGCUGAAUAAUCUAGUUGUCCUGCUUGAACGACUCGACCCAGAAUUGGUACGCAGUCAUUUGAGAGCAUUAGAGCCUGCUGCCAAUUCGAGUCGUGUUGUCGCUUCAUCACAGCUGAAACCAGAGGAAAAUUCAAAUGUACGUCAAGACUGUGAUUGCAAUCAAGACCGCGGAAACCAUGGAAUCAGCCAACCAGUACUGGACAUUCCAAAGACACCAACGGACCAACAACAAACACGGUCCAACUCAAGGACCCUAAACAAGUCUGCUGCCACAAAUGAGGAAACGCAACAUCAUCAAACCUAUCCGUAUGUAUCUCCUCGUGGAAAUGAUUCAAUACCUCGUAAGAACUUUGCAACGGGUUCAAUGAAGACUCAACGGAAUAUUGGAAUUGGCAGAAAAGAGGUACCAUCGUCACAGUCAAAAACUGAUGCAAAUCAUGCAGAUAAUGAUGAAAAAAUAAUCAAAUGUGACCACAAUGCAAGGAAUGUUGUGCCCACCGGUGAGGUAUUUUCCUUGUCUCGUGGAGGUUCCGCAAAAUUGGAAUCAAAAGCGGGUCCUAGUGCACAAGUCGUGUUCAUUCCCAAAGAAGAUGGAUCAUUUCCGUGUGGCCAAUGCUCAUUGACUUAUAAGGCAAGGUCUAGUUUAAGAAGGCAUAUUCUCUGCGCACACUGUGUCAGUCGGAAGUUUGCAUGCAGCCAGUGCCCAAGCAAUUUUAAAGUAAAACAUUAUUUAAAACGGCACGUGAUUCGUGUCCACGUUGGUGAUCGCCCAUUUUCGUGUGGUCAAUGUCCGAAGAGAUUCAAAGUGAAAAGUGCAUUAAAGUUACACAUCACGUACGCUCACUGUACUGAUAAGCCCUUCUCAUGUGGUCAUUGUGGAAGCAGAUUCAAAACGAAAAUUCAUCUAAAGAGUCAUAUGCAUGUUCACUUGGACGAUCGCCCCUUCUCAUGUGGUCAGUGUGCAAAAAAAUUUAAAUCAAAGGGUGCACUAAAAACACACUUGAUAAAUGUUCACCCAGGCGAUCGUACCUUUCUCUGCCAUCAGUGUCCGAGCAAAUUCAAAUCAACGGAAGGAUUGAAGAAUCAUUUCAGGAGUGUCCAUGUCUAUCGACCCUAUCCUUGCGAUCAGUGCUUCAGCAAAUUCGAAACGAGGGAUGAUUUACAAGAACACAUCACGCAACACCACACCGGCGAUCAACCCCUCUCGUGUGACCAUUGCCCGAGCAAAUUUAAAACCAAGGGUGAAUUACAGACUCACGCUUGGCACACUCAUGACAGUCACCGGCCCUUCUUUUGUGAUCUGUGCUCGCGUAACUUUAAGUCGAAGUAUUGUUUAAACGGCCAUGUUAAAAAUGUCCACAGCACCGGUCGACCGUUUACGUGUGAUCAGUGCUCCAGCAAAUUCAAAUCAAAGAAUGGUUUACGAAUACAUGUCCGGAGCGUCCACGUCGUUGAUCGGCCUUUCACCUGUGGUCAGUGCUCAAGCAAAUUUAAAAACAAGCGCUCGUUAUCAUUCCACGUUGCAGGGGUCCACGGCGAUCAGAAUCAUCAGUGUGAUCUGUGCUCAAGAAAAUUCACCUUGAAAAGUCUUUUAAAUUCACACAUGAUUUCUCACAGCGACGAUCGCUGCUUUGCGUGUGGCGAAUGCUCGAGUAAAUUUAAAUCGAAAAAUUCAUUGAGGCAGCAUUUUCGGCACGCUCACAGUGAAGAUCGACCCUUUUCAUGCCCCCAGUGCUUGCUAAAAUUCAAGGCGAAGUUUGCUCUACAGAGCCAUGUGAGGAAUGCCCAUUCUACCGAUCGACCUUUCCCCUGCGAUCGUUGUUCCAAACGAUUCAAAUCGAAGGACUAUUUACAGGUGCAUAUGACUCGCGUCCACAGUGAUGUUCACCCCUUUCAGUGUGGCGAGUGCACCUGCAAAUUCAAAUUGAAGACUGAUUUACGAAAGCAUACGCUCCGAGUUCACAUCGGCGAUCGACGUUACUCUUGUGAGCAUUGCUCGAAGGGAUUCAAAACGAAGGGUGAUUUACGAAGACACAUCGGCCACGUCCAUUGCGUCGAUCGACCCUAUUCGUGCGAUCAGUGCCAGCGCAAAUUCAAAUCCAAGGAAGAUUCAAAAUCACACUUCAGGCAAGUCCACAUAGGGGAUCGACCCCACGCGUGUGGUCAGUGUUCAAAAAAGUUUAAACUCAAGGCCGCACUGAGGUAUCACUUGGAGGAAGUUCAUGUUGACGGUCAACCUUACUCGUGUGAUAUUUGCGCGGGUAAAUUCAAAUGCAAGCCCUCUGUGCGAAAGCAUAUGAUACAUACCCACGGCGCUGGCUAGCUUUUGUCGUGUGAUCAGAAGUCAAGUAAGUUCGAGGUGAAAUAGGAAAAAUGAUGGUGAAACAUCGAGCUAAAAUCCAAUAAAAAAUGUUCAGUAUAAUUCAGUUACAU